AUGACAGCGCCUACGGCGCCGACAACGACUAUCGCGAGUUUCCAGCCGCCGAAAGACUCGGAUUUUCCGGAGGAGGUGGAGGCGUUGGUCGGGUCGGACUCGGAACUCUUCGCGUUUGACUCGGCAUUGGUGUCCCCACCGGUCGACGUGUCUGCGCUUCUGUCACCUGAAGACUGGGACGCGCGUGAAGACUUGCUGGAUGAUGAGUCGGUGCUGCUGUCGUCGGAAGACUGCUUUGAGCUUGAAGAUUUGCUCCCUGAAUUCGAGUUCGACGACCCAGUUGAUGAACCUGAAGUGCUGGAAGACGAAGACGCUGCCGGCUUAGGGGUUGCAGGUGACGGCGUUACUGCAGGGGAAGCCGUGGUCGGAGUCGGUGCCGGGGUCGGUUCCGGGGUCGGAGCGGGUGUUGGGGCGGGUGUUGGGUUAGCUGUAGCCGGCGACACCGUCGUGGCAGCAGGGGCUGGUGUGACUGGGGCUGCUGGCGUGCUAGCUGGAGCUGCCGGCGUGCUAGCUGGAGCUGCCGGCGUGCUAGCUGGAGCUGCCGGCGUACUAGCUGGAGCUUCCGUGGCUGGCGCCGCACUCGUGCUAGCUGGAGCUGGCGUCGUUGCGGCAGGCGCUUCCGUCGCUGGGGCUGCGGGUGUAUUAGCUGGAGCUUCCGUCGUAGGGGCUGGUGGCGUACUAACUGGGGCUUCCGUCGCUGGGGCUGCUGUAGGCGCUUCAGUCAUUGGGGCUGCUGUCUCUGAGGCGGCAUCCGUGAUAGCCGGCGACGUCGUCGAUGGGCUUGUAGUUGCCGGUGCGUCGGUCGCUGGCGGGUUUGGCGUCGAAGGGCUUGUAGGUGCCGGGGAGUCUGUCACUGCAGGACUUGGCGUCGCUGCGGGCGUCGUUGCCGGGUACGUUGUCGCCGGCGCAUCUGUCCCUGUUGCUGGUGCUUCAGUUGUUACUGGCGCAUUGUUCGCCGACGAAGACGUCGUGGUCGAGCCGUCACCGCUUCCACCGGCAGGCAUGACGGUCGCCGGUCUCGAGACAGCAUCCGUCGCCGCGGGCGUGUCGUUCGUGAGCCCUAUCUUUGAUUCCUCCAGGCCUGUCGGCAUCACCGUGGCCUGUGCCGUGACUGCCGACGCGAACGUCGCCAGCAGCAGCAACGCGAGCAUGAGCGACCGCUUCAUGGGAACCUGUGCUGUGGUCGAGAGCUCCUAG